AUGGACUACGCAGCUGUCACCAACCAUCACCUUGAAGGAAUCGAUAAUGAGUCUUCAAACUUAAUUAUCCAGCUUCUGCUUGGAGAUAUCGAGGAUUCUCCUCCCGAAGGCAAUGGCCGCGCCAAUGAUGCCUCUGACAUCUCAGUCGCAUUUGAACUUCAAAGAACAGAACUGGAAAACAUCGCUUUAGUCUCGUCGAAUCGACAUUUUGCCAGAGAUCAUACGAUGGCUCUGUUACAAUCAUAUCAAGGCUCCCCUCAAACCAAAACUACACCAGAGUCCCAAUCCCCUUCUUCACCUCUGACGCAAACCAAUGAGGAAUCUACGUGCGUUAGCUGCCAGAACAAAAUUAACUCCUUGGACGCAGCCAGGGUUCCCGGUUCGUGCCGUCACGAGUAUUGUCCCAACUGUCUUGAGACCCUAUUCCAAUUGUCAAUGAGAGAUGAAUCAUUCUUUCCGCCCCGCUGUUGUAACGAGCGCAUUACUGUCGUCAGUGUACAUUCUUUUCUUAAAACUGAUACCAUAAGCGCUUUUGCAAAGAAGGAGCUAGAGUUUGAGACACCGAACAGAAUCUAUUGCAGUUUCACGCCUUGCUCAGCUUUUAUUGAUCCGACUAGUAUUCGGAAUGAAGUAGCAUUUUGCGAUGAAUGCGGCACACAAACUCACACUGUGUGCAAACUAGAGGCGCAUACCGGAGAUUGUUCAGAAGAUACGGUCUUAAAGGAGGUUUUGGAACUAGCAAGAAAUGAAGGUUGGCAAAGAUGUUAUUCAUGCUGGAGUAUUGUGGAGCUUGAAAGAGGAUGCAACCAUGUGAAAUGUCGAUGCGGAGCUGAGUUCUGUUAUAUCUGCGGCUUGAGAUGGAACAGCUGCAGAUGCCCGCACUGGCACGAGACCCGCUUGGGAGCUCGUGCAACUGAAGCUUUCGAUCGCAGACUUGAGCAUCGCCUACUUGAACGUCCUCAUCAGGCAGUUGGACAGGGAUUUGCAGCUAGAGCUCAAGUUGCGGUGGCUGCACAGGCUCUUCGGAAUAAUCCUGCUGGUGAGAACAGAUGGACUUACAUACAUGGAAAUCACAUGUGCUAG